AUUGUCUGUCCUCGUUUCUCUCUCGCGCCCAUUCAUUGUAUCAUCAUCCUCUUGUCCUCCACCCCUCCAUCCACACAACCGCCACAAUGUCCGCUACCAACGGCGUCCCCAAGUCAGGAACCUUCCUGUUCACCUCCGAGUCUGUCGGCGAGGGUCACCCCGACAAGAUCGCCGAUCAGGUCUCUGAUGCCAUCCUCGAUGCCUGCCUGUCGGAGGACCCCCUCUCCAAGGUUGCUUGCGAGACCGCCACCAAGACUGGCAUGAUCAUGGUCUUUGGUGAAAUCACCACCGGCGCCAAGCUUGACUACCAGAAGAUUGUCCGAAACACCAUCAAGGACAUUGGCUACGAUGACUCCGACAAGGGCUUCGACUACAAGACGCUCAACCUGCUCGUUGCCAUUGAGCAGCAGUCCCCCGACAUUGCCCAGGGUCUCAAGCUCGACCAGGCCCUCGAGAGCCUCGGUGCCGGUGACCAGGGCAUCAUGUUCGGCUAUGCCACCGACGAGACCCCCGAGCUCUUCCCCCUCACCCUCCAGCUCGCCCACAAGCUCAACGCUGCCAUGUCUGCUGCCCGCCGUGACGGCUCCCUGCCCUGGCUGCGCCCCGACACCAAGACCCAGGUCACCGUCGAGUACAAGCACGACAACGGCGCCGUUGUCCCCAUCCGCGUCGACACCGUCGUCGUCUCUGCCCAGCACUCUGCCGACAUCACCACCGAGCAGCUCCGCAAGGAGAUCCUCGAGAAGAUCAUCAAGACCACCAUCCCCGCCAAGUACCUUGACGAUAAGACCAUCUACCACAUCCAGCCCUCUGGCCUCUUCAUCAUUGGUGGCCCCCAGGGUGACGCCGGUCUGACCGGUCGCAAGAUCAUUGUCGACACCUACGGUGGCUGGGGUGCCCACGGUGGUGGUGCCUUCUCCGGCAAGGACUUCUCCAAGGUCGACCGAUCUGCCGCCUACGUCGGCCGAUGGAUCGCCAAGUCUCUGGUCGCUGCUGGCCUUGCCCGCCGUGCCCUUGUCCAGCUCUCAUACGCCAUUGGUGUUGCCGAGCCCCUCUCCAUCUACGUCGACACCUACGGCACCUCUGACAAGUCUUCUGACGAGCUUGUCAAGAUCAUCCGUGACAACUUCGAUCUCCGACCUGGUGUCAUUGUCCGCGAGCUGGACCUGACCCGCCCCAUCUACCUCCAGACUGCCAAGAACGGUCACUUUGGUACCAACCAGUCUUUCACCUGGGAGCAGCCCAAGCAGCUCAAGUUCUAAGUUGAAUAGCUGUUACAAUUGCAUACAGAGUAUUCAACAAUCUCUGCUACAUGAUCUACAAAGCGAUGUGUACUUGACACGUCGAUUAUUUCACCAGACACAUUUAGGCGGCGUACGGUUCUCAACGAAACCUGGAGGCUUUCCCAUGGCAUUUUACGGGAAGGCGAGGUGGUUUCUGGCGUAAAUUCUUUUUCUUUUGUUCGUUUUAUUAUCAUACAUAUACCAGGGUCUUUGGGGGACACAAAUGGGGCGUCUUUCAACAAAGACAAAAGUUAUGGGUUAUUUGCAUAGACAGCAACAGGGUCACGUCUGCAAAACGGGAAAAAACAAAAUGCACACUUAUGAGCUACGCUAAUGAUGGGUAUAAACAAAGAUCUGCGUACCGGCGUUUUCGGGAACCAAGAAGAAGUUCAACAUCUUUCUUCCCGAGUCUCUUGACCGAGCUGCUGAACAUGCAAGUCAGUUGUCGGGGUUGGACACAGGAGAAGCUGGAAGUUAUCGGAAAGAUAUCAUGACUUUUUAUUUAGACAUGAGACUUGACAAUAGAGAAGCCCGAUGAAGGCAAACAUUUGCCUUGACAAACUUGCAAACUUUGU